CGUUGACUUCUUUCUGCUCAUCGCAGCCUUCCGCUGCAAUGUGGUUAAUCUGUCUGGCUUGUUUUGCCUUGGUUUGUUGACGCUAAAGUCAAGUUGCAGCACUCAGUUCAAAUUGAAUUUUCAUGGUGAGCGCUCGAUUGUUAUUUGUUACGUUCGGUUUGCUGCACAUUUCGGCUUGUGCUACCGUCGGUGGUUCACUUGUUCCGAGUGGAGAUUUAUUUUCGCUGAUGCUGAAAGAGUGGUGUAGGAUGUGUGCGGUUCGGGUUCAACUAGUAAGAGGUAGCGAUUGAGUUGGCCGAUGUCUAAACCGGAAUUCACAUCGUCGGCUCUCCUGCCUGCCGAGCACGUUAUGUGAGAUUGCAAUUAUUUUUAUUAACACCGCCACAAAAUUGAAUCUUAAUUGAUUGGUAUGAUAAGCCAACAAUAACAACACUAAAUAAAUUAAAUGAAAAAUUUUUAAAGCAGGAAAGGAUCAUCGACAAUACGAUUGUGAAUAUAUCUAUGUGUACGCUUAAAUAUUAUAUAUAUACAUAUGUAUAUAUAGGUUGAUUUGAUGAUUUUUGUGGAUUUUGUGCAAUUAAUAUUGUGAAUUUAAAGUUAGUGAGAAUUUUGUGCUGAUUGUAUAAAGACUUUUGCAAAGCGUUGAGCGUCAUUGUCUCGUGUUACAUAACGUAUGUACGCUCAUCUUCUGGUUCCUAUUUCAUAAUGGUCUUGGAGCGACAAUCACAGCAACAGCAACAACAACAACAACAACAACAACAACAAAGCCUGCAAUUACAACGCUUGACAGCGCAUGGACGUUUAAGCCCGACGGCUGAUCCAGUCAACGAUUCCGAUAGUGCAACGGUUAGUGGCGGUAGUAUUGUUUCGUGCCCAGGAGCAGUGCUCCGUUCCACGGGCAAUACCUCUACUAUGCCACCGGAAGGCCUACACCCAACAGCUGCAUUACAAUUAUAUGCUGCAGCUGCCCAAUUGGCACCUGGUGGAGUACGCGUUCCUCCUUGGGGACCAUUUCUUCAGUUCGGUGUGCCGGGAGUGUUUGCCGGCGGUCCGUUUUUGGGUCGCCCUCGUUUUGAGACGAAUUCGCAAAAUGUUGCCGCCGCUGCUGCUGCCUCCCAAAUGGCGGUAAAUGCUAGUAAUGCCUUUGCCAAUUUAACCGGGUUAAGUGUUGCAAUGCGAAAUGUUUCGGCGGUACAAACAACAGCAGCGGCAGCGGUAGCAACAGUAGCCAUUCAACAUCGGUUAAUGAUAGGAAAUAGACAAAAUUUGGCACCGGGCCCACCAAGCGAAGGGUCGAACGAAGAUGGAGGAUUUCCCGGUGAUGGUGAUGAAGAUAGUAAUGCGGCAAAGCGAAGGCGAUCGAGAACUAACUUUAAUUCCUGGCAAUUGGAGGAGCUGGAGCGUGCAUUCUCUGCCAGUCAUUAUCCCGAUAUUUUCAUGCGUGAAGCCCUCGCUAUGAGAUUAGACUUAAAAGAAAGUAGAGUUGCGGUAUGGUUCCAGAAUCGACGAGCAAAGGUGCGGAAACGUGAGCACACCAAGAAAGGACCUGGACGACCUGCACACAAUGCUCAACCUCAAACCUGCUCCGGUGAACCCAUUCCGCCAAGUGAAUUAAAAGCCAAAGAAAGGGCACGACGAAGAAAAAAACUGGCAAAAGCCAUUGAUCGGCAAGCGCGAAAGUUACAGGCCAAAGGUAUCACUGUCGACCUGGAAGCGCUCAAGGCCGAAUACAUAUCCCAACACAAGGCUAACGGCACAUUUUCUGACUCAGAUCUUGAAGACGAUGGCAUACAGAUAGACGUGGUGGGUGGAACGGACAGCGACGAUGACGCCGACGACUGCUCAUUUCGAAGUCCCAGAGCAAAUAGCCUAAUACCAGGGAGCUUCUCACCGAACAGUAGUCAAAACGGUAUUGAAAGUCCCGUGUCCAAUGGGGAACGGCACAUUGAAGACGACAGUAAUGCAGCUGAUGUUGGUGCAAAACCUUCUUUCAUUUUUCCUACAGCAAGUAAUCUACGCUUAAGUCUCCCAAGUUCUAAUAUACCCGCCAAUGAAUAUCAACAGCAGCAUCAGCAGCAUCAGCACAAAAAUCAACAUAAUCAAAUACAUCAAAAUCACAAUAGCAAUCAACAGCAAACAUCACCAAUCAGUAUCCGACGGAAUAAUCCAUUUAGCAUAGAGUCGCUGCUGUUUAACAACACGUGAGAUUUAUUGAGAUGGUUAAAUGGUUAAAUGCAAGGCAACAAGUUGUACGCUUUCUCGCAAGCCAUUGCUUAUGCCCACUUUACCCAUCAGCGACACAUAGCAUACGUGAUAGCACAGCCACACAUACACAGCAACUGUACAUAAGCAAAGCCACUUUUUAUGCAUACAUACAUGCAUAUGUACAUACAUACGAGUAUGUUACAUUUAUCUGCAUAGAGA